GUGGAAGCUUCGGCAAGAGGGCUUCGAACCAGGGGCAUUAGCCAAUCUCAUUAUAAGAUAGCUGAACAGCCGUCAUCCCUGCGGAGACACCCCGGCUGCCGUACAUCUACCACAACCGAUAAUCCAGCCCUAGCCAGCUCCCAGCCGCCACUCCGCCGCCAAUGGACGCGACAGAAGCCAAGCCGACGAUCCAGCCCUUCACGGGGCGGAUCGGAGGCAACCAGACGCUGGUGGUGGACCGGCACGACCCGGACAACGCGGCGCUGCUGAAGCGGGUGCCGGACGCGGCGCCGAUGAUGAGCAUCAAGGAGGGGCUGCAACCGGGGGGGUUCGGGGAGUUGGAUCUGUGGAAGUUCGGCUUCAUUGAAUGUAUCGGAACAAUGCUCAACGUCUUCAUAACAGCCUGGGCCUCCAUCAAACCCCUCCCGUCCACCACCACCACCACCCCCACAACACCCGCCGGCGUCUACGCGACAACCACCUUCCUCGGCCCCACCAUCGGCAGCCUGGUCAACUGGCUCACCCUCACCCUCUGCAUCUUCACCUUCUCCAACGUGACCGGCAGCCACCUCAACCCGACCAUCACGCUCGCCACCUUCUUCGCCCGCCUCAUCACCCUCCCCCGCGCCGUCAUUUACCUCGCCGCCCAAACGCUGGGCGGCACCCUCGCCGGCCUCAUCCUGCGCGCCGCCUACGGGUCCCCCGCCUUCGCUGUCGGAGGGUGCACCGUCGACACCUCCCUCGUGCCCGUGCGCGAGGCCUUCCUCCUCGAAUUCGUGUUCUGUCUGCUCCUCGUGUUCUGGUCCUUCGGGGUGGGGCUGGAUCCCCGCCAGGGGAGGUUGUUCGGGGCGGCGCUGUCGCCGUUCUUGGUGGGGAUGGCGCUGGGGACGGUGAGUUGGGCGUCCGCGUUCACGAGGGUGGGGUUUGGGGGGGCAGGGUUGAACCCCGCGAGGUGUUUUGCCGUGUAUGUCGCUACGGGGUUUCCGGGGUAUCAUUGGAUUCACUGGGUUGCUGCGCUGGCUGCUGCGGUGGGGCAUGGGGUGGUGUAUUUCUGUGUGCCGCCGUGGACGGCGGCGGAUGAGGGGAUUUGAGGGUUCGGUCCGGGUGUCUUACCGGUGGUUGAGGGUGAGCCACGCUCAUGGAUGGGAUGGGAUGGGAUGGUAAG